UGAGGAGUGUAAAAGUACUGGUUUGCACAUUCCCAUUCAGUCGCACUUUCGUUGCUAGUUGACUUUUUAAAGUUUGUGUUGGUCCGAUAAGGCUGCUUUGUUGUUGACUCGAAAUAAUAGAGUUAGCAGCGAGGGAAAUUCUUAUCAAGGGUAAGCAGACGAGAAAUUGGCAAUGGAGGUGGACGGAGAUGUGGACCAGGACUUGCUGCAGCAGUUCAGCUGCAUGGGCACCACGGAUAAGGACAUCCUGAUUUCGCAGCUGCAGAAGCUGGUGGGCAACCUGAGCCAGACGGCCGCGGCCUUCUUCCUCGACAUGAACAACUGGAAUCUGCAGGCUGCCAUCGGCUCAUAUUUCGACUACGAGGCAGCCAACAACCUGCCGUCCAUGUUUUUGGUCAAAGACGCGACAAUAGGCGAUGGCGAAAGCGUUCCGCCGUGCACAAGAUUCACCAAGACGUGGAGGCUACGCAACAACGGAGACAUGACCUGGCCCGAGGGCUGCUUCCUGAGACAAACCUUUGGCGAGGCGUGGGGCGACGUCAGCGAGAAGCUGAUGCUGCCCGCCCUGACGCCAGGGGAGGAAACCGCCAUCAGCGUCGAACUGGUCAGCCCACACACCUGCAACACCUACCACAGUAACUGGAGGGCCUGCACCCCCAACGGAUCGUUCUUCGGAGACACGAUAUGGGUGGUGAUCACGGUUGCCGAUGGAGGAACGCUCGCCCUGACGCAGCAAAUGACCCACUUCUCUGACCUAGGCGCGCCAGCACCGAGGGUCGAGGCGCCCAACCCCUUCUCCCCCCUGCACUCCAGCCAGCCUAGUCAACCUCUCUUUCAAGACUCGGUGCCUCCGCAGGACCCAGGCGACAGCCCGCACCGAAUGUGCUAACCUGCAAGGCUGAUGCAGAGUGCGUGAGUGAGGGUGUAUGAUUGGAACGUGAAUGCAUUUUGGAAUAUAUUUACAAAUAUAGAGCUGGUGUAGUCGAUGAAAUUGUGGAGAGUUGUACAAAUCAGCCUGCAAAGUGAUAUGAUUAAUUUAGAGCGUAGCUUGGUAGGUUGAGAAGGCUAGCAAUAUUUCAAUUGUGUCACAAAUUGUUAAAAACUUUGGAUUUCAUCAAGUCCAAGCACCUCCAAAGCAAUCAAGUUUUGCAUAAACGCCUCUUUCCAUUGCAUUUUUAACUCCCCGGUGAAGUCUAAUUUGACCCCAAUUUUGUCUAUUGGUUUGAUGCUUUUUCAACUCGCCUCUAUCGUUUAAAUGUUCGUUUUGCGUUAUUCCAUUUUUUGCUUGACCCGCAGGAAAGAUUGUUAUAAUUCGGUGAACAGGUGAUGAUUAAAAAUUAUAACCAAAUUCGGGUUUGGAAUAUUCGUAAUAUACUUAUGUAACUCUUACUGCUUGAAUGGGGUCCAUGAAAUUGAUUCACACUCACUUUGAGAACCAAUCGACCUAGCUGUGCUAAAGCACUGCUGAAUUGCUGAUCCCUCCAAUUUAUAAACCCCAUUUUAGGCUCACCGAUCUCAGCGAUAUUUCACGAUAAUCCUUCAAAAUGUUUACUUAAUCCGAGUCGACCUAAUCAUGGGAUUGAUUAUACUUUAAACCAAAUUUGUACAGAAAUUAUAUCUUGCUUUAUUUCUACUCAAUAUAUGCCUUCUAGAAAAUAUUGUUUCCAUAUUUCGUAUCGAUAUGGGUUGUAAAAGCUCAACCGAUGAAGUUAAUACUUAUCAACUUUAAAUACAAUCAUAAUGUAGUGCAGAUCCA